UCAGUCAGUCAGUAAGUCAGUCAGUCAGACACAUAAUCGAUCAGUCGACGAAUCGAUCGAAACGCGAUCAUCAAACGCUGGAUUCUUUCAAACUCUCGGUUCAUGAACUUUCUGACUGACAAGUGCGUUCACCUCGUUAAAUGCAUAGUGUAGUUCAAAUGUUGAAGUGAAUCGCAGCUGGAGUAUCGAAACAGCGAACAAUCUGUUUCGCGAUAAAGAAUUUUGUGAUUUCUCUGAAUAUUGUGGAAAUUUACUUGAACAGGGCAGAAUUUUGUAAACGAUAGCAGAAUGUAAAAAGUGGAUUGUCACUGCUUAAAGGUGUUGAAGAAAAGAAAGAUCAAAUAAGAAAUUAAAAACAUCGCAGUAAAUGCAGCACGUUUGUGGUUGCACAAUGUAAUUCGCGCUGUAAUUCGAUGUCUCUGUGACCAUAAUUGUGAUCCAAUCCCUCGAAACGUCAGAUAUGUGUUUCUUAGAGAUUCUAAUAGAAUAUUAAGUACAAAAUGUAACCAUGUUGUGAACACAUAGAUUAAACAAUUGCAACUUGGCUGUCAGCAAAGAGGAAAGAAUCAGUGGAUGAUUUUAUUCAAAGUCAAGAUAAUCAAUCAAGUAAUUCCUCCACUUUGUGAACGACGCUAGAAGAAUAUUAACUACAAACGUUGAUCGGACUUAAUUAUACAUUUGAUCAAAUCAUUAAGAACUCUUCAAGAUCGGAACAAGGAAAAAAACGCUUUUGUGAUUGAAGAAACGAUUUCACAGGAGUGAAAAUUAUUGAUGAAGAGGUGCACGUGAACAAUCGACAUGCAACAUCCCGAAAUGCGUUUUACAUCGAUGUUGGCAAACGCCGCGAAAAGGUGAUUAACAGUCGUCCGUUGUCCCACAGAAAGAAUUGUGGGAGAAAAAUCGAGAAUGGAACUGAACGCGUUUGUCAUCUAUGUUGCGACCCUGGCGAUAGCAUCGAUAGCCUUCAUCGAUACGAUAAACGCGAACCCACCGUACUACGUGAAACCCAUCGAGGACGAGAACGAUUACGCUCGUGUGCUGGAGCUUUCGCUUUUGUUUUACGAGGCACAACGAUCGGGAAAGCUGCCGGAGAACAAUCGAAUCCCAUGGAGAGAGGACUCGGCGCUCGACGAUCGAGGAUUGAACGGAGAAGAUUUGACCGGAGGCUAUUAUGAUGCUGGUGAUUUCGUGAAGUUCGGUUUUACUAUGGCAUCGACAACUACCCUUCUGGCUUGGGGCGCCGUCAGUUGGCCAGAAGCUUACAACGCGGCUGGCCAACUCGACGAACUUCGUAAAGCCAUUAAAUGGGCUACAGACUACUUCAUCAAGUGCCAUGUAAGCGAAUAUGUCUUUUACGGGCAAGUCGGGGAUUUCUCAUUAGAUCACACGUUUUGGGGGAGACCAGAAGAACUGAAUACCACCAGACCUGCCUAUAAAAUUGAUCCGGAACACCCAGGAUCCGAUCUAGCAGGUGAAACCGCUGCUGCCCUCGCAGCAUCCAGUAUGGUAUUUCGCAAUCACGAUCCAGAAUACAGUGCUAAAUGUUUGAAACACGCCAAGGAAUUGUACAAGUUUGCCAAUGAAUAUCGAGGGCUUUAUCACGAAGCGAUCCGUGGAGCAGCUCAGUAUUACGAGAGUACGGAUUAUGGUGACGAAUUGGCUUGGGCGGCGGUGUGGCUGUUCAAGGCAACGAACGACACGAUAUAUCUCGAGGAUGCUGAACAUCAUUACCAGCAUUUCCAUCUCAAAGAGAGACCGAACGAAUUCUUUUACAACAAAAAGGUCGCUGGCGUUCAGGUUUUGUUGGCACAGAUGACAGGGCAGCUGGAAUAUCAGAACGCGGCUCGUGCUUUCUGCGAUUUCUCGGUGCGCCAGCAAAAACGUACGCCGAAGGGAUUGCUGUACAUAGACAAGUUCGGCACCCUCUGCCACGCUGCGAACGUAGCGUUCGUUUGCCUGGAGGCGGCUGACUCACCCGGUAUCGGAGAUCCCCAGGAAUAUCGUGAAUUUGCCGAGCAACAAAUUUACUAUAUGCUGGGAGGAGGCGGCAGGAGUUACGUGGUCGGUUGGGGUCGAAAUCCACCGAAGCAGCCACAUCAUGCUGCGUCAUCCUGCCCCGACAGACCAGCCGUUUGUGGAUGGCCCGAAUUCGACAAGGACGCACCAAACCCUCAAAUCCUUUAUGGUGCCCUGGUCUCCGGCCCCGACGAGGCGGACAAGUUUCACGAUCAUCGAGAGGAUUACGUAUACACGGAAGUCACAUUGGAUUACAAUGCCGGAUUCACGAGUGCACUGGCCGGAUUGUUGCAACUACGAGUUAAAAGCACUACGUAACGUGCGAUAACAGUUCGCUGCUUUUGGCCACGAACCAAGGAAUUACUUUACUCUCCAAAACGAAAUAGUUCGUGUUCAAAUAACGAAAGAAGACUUUUUCGUGAUUCAUACAUGAUGUGUGAAUACAAAAUAAAUUGGAAGAUAUUGCGAUGGAAAAUCGAUGAAUGGUCAAAUGAUCUUUCGGAAAAGGAUUAUCUUUUGACUUUUAUUUUUUGAAAGCUAAAAAUUGAUAAUUUUAUGUGUAUAUCAGUUGAAUGAAAGAUAUUCCGAUUCUUGUUAGUGGUGAUUAAUGUAUCGAAUGGAAUUGCAAGAUUUGCUAUAGAGGAUCGAUGGAUUGUUAGGUGAUCGUUUUCGAAAAGUUCGAUGCAGGAUAGUAGUGUCUUUCAGUCGAUUAUCGAAACUUAUCGUUAAUAUUAUAUUUUUAUGUGAAUAUCAAUCGGCUAAAGGAUCUCUUGAUCCUUAUCGAUGGUGUAGCGUAUCAAAAGCGAGGUUUAUGAUAGAAGGUCGAUGAUCGGUCAUGGCGAAGUAAUCGUCCUGAAAAAAUUAGAUGGAUUGUGUGUUUAGAUUGAUAAAUACCUACUACUAGUAAUUUCAUCGAAUUAUUAUUUUGUGAAUAUUAUAUUGAAGGAAAUAUCAAGUGAACGAUUGUUGAUUCUCGUCUGUAAUAUGGAGAAAUCGAAUAGACGAGUAAUUAAUUCUGAUAAUCAAAGGAAAGUGGCAAAUGUAUAUUCAUGACUAUGAAUUAAUUAAACAAGAAAAUGAA